CCACAUACUCGGCCUGCAUUGCCCCGCGUCUCGGGUCUCGACUGCCAGGGGCACUUUAUCAGUACCUCCCGUCCUCAGAACCUCACCGCCGCCAACGUCCUCUUUCACCGUAACAACCCCCAAAUCACCGCCGCCAUGAAGCUCCUCUAUCCCACCACGCUCAAGCUCGACCCAGCCCUCCUCGCGGGCUUCCCGACAUUAACCCUGCACCCGUACGACGCCAAAGCGCCCAUGAUCCCCACCGACCUCCUCGACGCUCAAAUCCUCGUCACCUGGUGCAACUCCCCCGCGAACCUCUCCUUCGCCGCGCAGAACCUGCCCCAGCUGAAAUGGAUCCAAUCUCUUGCGGCUGGCCCCAACGACGUCCUCGCGGCAGGCUUCGACACCUCCCGGGUUGCCGUGACGACGGGCUCGGGCCUGCACGACCGCACCGUCGCCGAGCACGCCCUGGGCCUCCUGCUCAACGCGGCGCGCCGCUUCUAUGAGAUGCGCGAUUUCCAGAACGAGGGGAAGUGGCCGGGCCACCUGGGCGGGCCGCAGCCUGACCGCGAGCCGGGCACGUUCCGCACGCUGCGGGAUGCGCGGGUACUUAUUUGGGGUUACGGAAAUAUUGCCAAGUGUCUGACGCCGCAUCUUGUUGGGCUCGGCGCGACGGUGCGUGGCGUGGCGCGCCGUGCUGGGGUGAGGGGCGGGGUGGAGGUGUUUGCCGAGGAUAAGCUGGCGGAGCUGUUGCCCGAGACGGAUGCGCUGGUUAUGAUCUUGCCUGGGGAUGCCUCAACGCGGCAUGCGCUGAAUAAGGAGCGGUUGAGGCUGCUUCCGAAGCAUGCGUGGGUGGUCAAUGUUGGGAGGGGGUCGUCGGUGGAUGAGGACGCGCUGUUUGAGGCGCUGGAGAAGGAGGAGAUUGGGGGCGCCGCGCUGGAUGUGUUUGAGCAAGAGCCACUGCCCGAGGGGCACAAACUGUACAGGGCCAAGAAUUUGAUCCUUUCGCCCCAUGCGGCCGGAGGGAGACCGCAGGGCUCUGAGGCCCUGAUCGUGGACAACAUGCGGCGGUUCCUGGCUGGGCAGCAGAUGCGGAAUAUCAUAUCGAAGCUGUAGGGGG